AUGGCGGACACCGGAAUAUUGGUGGAGCUCUUUGCGCCAUCAGCAGGAGGGUCGUUACCAGACGACGUAUCAACCGAACUGCAACAUAUCAUGCGCUUGCUCGGACUUAGCCCGCAGGAACUCUUCUUCAAAUGGGAAAGCUACGUGAUUAAGAUGGGUGUCGAGAACACUAAGCUGGAUUACAAGACUGUACGUGACUUGAAGAAGGAUCUGCAAGAUGCACUGGAGCGGGAGUCCCGGGCGAAAGGGCAUCAAGUCCAUCAGAGCGCCGUGAAGAAGACAGCUGCAACGCCGCGAGCGGUCAAUGGUGGCGAUGUGUUUGGUAUGCUCGAUGGCAUGACAACUGCCACACCCGGAUCGAGGUUUUCAAGUGCGGCAAAGCGGAAGGCGAACGACUUUGCAACGCCCGCGCCCAAGUCUGCAAAGAGCGGGCUCAACAGCUCACCAGCCGACAACAAGACGCCAAUACCGCCGCGCGAUGGACAGGUGAUUGCUUUCGAGAAGCGACAGAAUGCUGGCGAGAUAGUACAGCAGAUCAACAGCCACCUACCAGCCGCCACUGCACCCUUGGACCCACCAACCGAAGCCCGCGUAAAGCUGAAGGCCAACCUCGAUCAGGCAAAGUUCGCUUACAAGACCAUGGCUAUGAAGCUUUCCGAAGCAUCCGAAGUCCUCGACGACCGUAUCGACACCUUCACCGAUCUGAUACAGGCCCACCAUAAGCUGCCCGACAGCGCAUUCGGCAACCCUGCCGCGCAGUCCACCGCUGAGGUCGUCACGGUUGGCCGCAUAGCUUGUGAUGACCCCAGUGGAAAGCUGAAUGCCGCUAGCAUAGUGCUGGAGGGCAGCAGAAGGAUGGCUGCGGGCCUGCGGGUACCGCUGAAGUUCGCCGCGGGUGUCGGCUACGACGUCUUCCCAGGCAAGAUCGUAGCCCUGCGUGGCACGAACGUCAGCGGCGAGUACUUUUCUGUUGCGGAAGUACUGUCCAUGCCACGACUGCCACCGCCGGCGUCAUCACCUGCCGAUAUCGACAUCCACAAUGAUCGACUCACGAGCGCAGAUGGCGAGACAAGACCGUUAAGCAUGCUUGUGGCGAGCGGGCCGUACACGACGGAUAUCGACUUCUCCUUCGCUCCACUGCACGCUCUUCUCGCCACUGCCAAAGAACAGAAUACGGACGUCCUCGUGCUUGCCGGCCCGUUCUUGGAUCUCGAGCACCCCGUCGUCGCAUCAGGAGACUUCGAAGACCACCUACCAGCAGACGCAAAGAUCGAACCAGACCGCGCAACACUAAACGAUCUCUUCCGCAUCUUGAUCGCUCAACCGAUCCAGGACCUCGUACGCGCCGUCCCAACCAUCACAAUCAUCAUGGUACCCAGCCUGCGCGACGCAAUCAACAAGCACACUGCCUGGCCCCAAGACCGCUUUCCGCGAGCGGCCCUGGGUCUUCCAAAGCAAGUCCACGUCGUCACAAACCCUAUCAUGCUCUCGAUCAACGAGAUGAUACUGGCAGUGAGUACGCAGGACGUGCUAUCUGAGCUACGGAAAGAGAACGUCUAUCAAGCCGGCAAAGGCCAAGCGUUCAAUGACGACUUGCUUGCUCGUUUGACGGGCGCGGUGAUCGAUCAGCAGCAUUUCUUUCCCGUGUUUCCGCCGCAGAGUCGAGUGGAUCUGCCCAGACCUGCGACGAUCCCGGGUGAGGUACCUGCGCUGGGUGAGGAAGAGAGAAUGGCGGUGGGCGCGUGUUUGGAUUUGUCGUAUUUGAAGCUUGGGGAGUGGCUGAAAGUGCGGCCGGAUGUACUGGUUCUGCCGAGUGUUUUGAAUCCGUUUGUUAAGGUCGUCGAAGGCGUCACGUGUAUCAACCCGGGCACACUCAGCAAAAAGCGCGGGCCAGGCCACUUUGCAGCCAUGACCAUUCAACCUCGUGUGAUUUCGGCAGAAGAACGAGAGGAGGAGGUGCUAGGCCAUAAUGUCUUUGAGCGCGCGAGAGUGGAUAUCACGAGGAUAUAA